AUGAUCGCGCUGCUUUGCACGUGCCUUGCUGUCUCGCUCUUCCGUUACCUCAUGCACUGCCAUGCGUGCUGCCCCGAGCUCCCCUGCUGCCUCGCACGUUGCGUGCGCUUAUGCCCAGUGCGUCGCGCCCGCCUCUUCCCCGCGCGCUGCGCGAUCCCCCUGCCUAGUACGACGCGCACUGCGUCGUUUGCAGCUCGCAGUGCUGCACCUGCAUGCUGCCCUGACGCGCUGCUCGCGCGCUGCGCUCCUACGCUCCUGAUCUGCUUCGCAACGCGCCUGCGCACUGCCCUGCCCUGGUUGCUGAUCUUGCCCCGUAGUCGUGCUCAUUCUCCCACUUUCCCUCCGCCUCUUAUUUCUCCUCUCAUCAGCGCAGCAGCAGACUACUCUGCCAUUAUUCCUCCACCUCUUAUUUCUCCCCCCAGCGGCGCAGCAGCGGACUACUCUGCCAUUAUUCCUCCUCUUAUUUCUCCCCUCAGCGGCGCAGCAGCAGACUACUCCGCCAUUAUUCCUCCGCCUCUUAUUUCGCCCCUCAGCGGCGCAGCAGCGGACUACUUCGCCAUUAUCCCUCCGCCUCUUAGUUCUCCCCCCAGCGGCGCAGCAGCAGACUACUCCGCCAUGAUUCCUCCGCCUCUUAUUUCUCCCCCCAGCGGCGCAGCAGCGGACUACUCCACCAUUAUUCCUCCGCCUCUUAUUUCUCCCCCCAGCAGCUCAGCAGCAGACUACUUCGCCAUUAUUCCUCCGCCUCUUAUUUCUCCCCUCAUCUGCUCUGCAGCAGACUACUCCGCCACUAUUCCUCCUCCUCUUUCGUCUCCCCACAUGUGCUGUACUGCUAUCUCCUCACCCCCCCCCCCCCCCCCCCGCCUCCUAUGGCGCCCAUUCUCGCCGUUUCCUCUCUUCCUCUACACGGCUGCCUUCCUACCCCUGCUGCAGUACCUCUUCGCUUACCCCUCCUCUCCCUACCUCUCGCGCAAGCUGCCCUUUCUCCCCCCAGCAGCUCAGCAGCAGACCACUUCGCCAUUAUUCCUCCGCCUCUUAUUUCUCCCCUCAUCUGCUCUGCAGCAGACUACUCCGCCACUAUUCCUCCUCCUCUUUCGUCUCCCCACAUGUGCUGUACUGCUAUCUCCUCACCCCCCCCCCCCCCCCCCCCCCGCCUCCUAUGGCGCCCAUUCUCGCCGUUUCCUCUCUUCCUCUACGCGGCUGCCUUCCUACCCCUGCUGCAGUACCUCUUCGCUUAGCCCUCCUCUCCCUACCUCUCGCACAAGCUGCCCUUUCUCCCCCUUGCAUCGCCUCUCCUGUUUGCUGCUGGACACCCUCUCCUGUCUCAUUUCAACAGUCUCACCACCGUCGACAGCCCUCUGCCCCGGCACUGCUUACCGCCGCGACUCCUGGUGCUGA